AUGGCUCCUCCACCUCCUCCACGCAAAUUAUGGCCCAAAGAGAGAGCUCCCCAAUUCUUUGCGGGUCUGAAAACCAGAGAGUAUCGCGAGCAUAGAUCGAGCAACCAUUCACACACUUCUAUCCGCUCAAUCGCAUGGAAUAUCUUGGGGAACCGAAUAGCCUGCGGGCUGACCGAUAAGCUGGUACGGGUGUGGAAUCCUGAAAAGCCGGAAAUCCGUAACAGCACCGAACUUAAAGGUCAUUCUAUGGGUGUAGAUAGAGUCGCAUGGGACCCAACCCAUGCAGAUAAGCUAGUAAGCUGUGGAGGAGACGGAAUUGUUAGGUUCUGGGACUACAGAAGUAACAAGUGCCUGGGAAUCACUUCAACUAGCGGCGAGAAUAUCAGCUUGGCAUAUCAUCCCGAAGGCUCCGUUGUUGCAGUAGGAACAAAAGAUGACAAAAUACACUUUAUUGAUCCACGCAAUACAUCGCAAAUUCUUAAAACACAUAAAGAAGGAACACAAACAAACCAAAUUAUAUUCUCACAUUCUGGAGAUACUCUACUUCUUACCACUGGCCAGGGACAUGUUGUGCUCCGCGACUGGCCAUCUCUAGAACACGUUUAUACGGUAGAAGCGCAUUCGUCUGGUGCUUUCUGCCUGGAGCUUGACCCUCGUGGAUCUACUUUAGCAGUUGGUGGAAGUGAUGCUGUUGUGAGCGUUUGGGAUACCAAAGAAUGGAUCUGCCAACGCACGUUAAGAAACAUGGAAAGCCCUGUCAGAAAUCUAAGUAUUUCAUUUGACGGUGCGUAUAUCUGCGCUGGAAGCGAUGAACCGGGGGCCGUUAAUAUUGAUAUCGCAAAUCUGGACACUGGUGAACAUGUGUAUACGGUCCCUACAAGCCAUCCAGUCCCUAAUGUCGCCUGGCACCCGAACAAGUACUGGUUGGCUUAUUCGGGUGAUCCAUUGGGAUUGAAGAUAGUCGGCGCUGCAGGACCUUAG